AUGUCAGGGACUCUUGGAGGAUCCAGACAUGAAAAUCUCGCGCAGCAUGUUGAGGUAUCUGUUCCUUUCUCCCAUCUGACCCGAAUAUUCCAUUCCCCGCUACUAAAUUGCGUCCCUCGAGAUGCCCCCGGAUUUUCGAGGUUUGUCCAAGCCGAGUUGGGGAACAACAUGGGACCACCACAACAUGGAGAGCGAGGCCCACCCAUUCAAUGGGCUGCAGCACCAGCAGAUUUUGAGGAGGUAGGGACUUGGUUGACCCUCUUCUCCAAAUUGCCUCCUCGUCUGGAGGAAAUCUGCGACCCGACUCAUCACUCUACCCGCUUCCCAAAAGACUGGCGUGGCGCGGCUUUGGGCAAAAGGUUCCUCUUCGAUGAUUGCCAGGUCAAUCGAGAGUUUUAG